AUGAGUUCAGCUAGUCGAUGUUUUGGUUGUCGUGAACCAUCAUCGGAUUGUACUGUACCAUGUUCAAAUUCUCAACGAUGUUUUCUUCGUGGAUUAACAUCGUUGGAUGAUGAAGUCACAGACAGACGAUGUACAGAUGAACGAUGGGUGCGUGAUCUUCUAGUAGAUGGUUGUUUAACAUACAGUGGAAAUUAUUGGUGCAUGUGUUCAACUGAUUUAUGUAAUUCCGGUAAUUUUAAUUCGAUAAGAGGUUUUGAUGAUUGUUCCAGUAAUCCAUGUCCAGAGGGAAUAACAUGCUUAGAUACAAAGGAUGGUUUCAGUUGUAUUUGUCCACCAUGGCAAGAUGAUUGCACAUAUUGUACAUAA